AUGGAUCGAGUGUUCAAUCAUUUGCAGUAUGUCCGGUGUCCAACAUGUUCCCGAGUUUUCUGUUGCACCAAACACCGGGUGGAGCACCAGCGGCGCGUGCAUGUCGCGGUUCCGGGGGGGCAGGUGAUUAGGCGCCGUUUCCGGUCUUCGCAGGUUCUCCCCCAGUCGGGAAAACAGCAGAUGGUCCAUGCCGGUGGCCACUCCACUAACGGUCGGAAGAGAUUACACGGCAUGGCCAGCACCUCGACCACGGCACAGUCCAUCGGAAGUGGCCUGAGGUUGAUGGAGCAGCGUCAUCACCGCCGGGUGGAGGAGCUGCGCCGGACCGAAGAGCAGCGUUGUACCGAGGAACUGCGCAGGACCGAAGAACGGCGAUGGACUGUGGAACAACGUGCGGCGAUGAUAGAGAUGUGCGCCAGGACCAUACUCAAGGCUCGUCGGUCCAGUCUGACGACCAUCAGACACCUGCGCCCGGUGGCCGAAAGCAGUCCCGUGGUUCCAUUGCCGCAGCCGUGCACUCCGCACACCACGUGCACGGACGCAGCGGAGUCUGCGACCACGCCUGUCGAGUGGUCGGUAGUCGUUUCGUCGGUGGGCAGCCCGCCGAGUUUUUACCAGACGCCGAUGCAGACACCGACGCAAAUGUUCCAGGACACGCCGUUGGUACAAAAGCUCCCGGACAAUCAGUUGCAAAAGCUCCCGGACACUCAGUUGCAAAAGCUCUCAGACACGCCGUUGAAAACGCUCUCAGACACGCAGUUGCAAAAGCUCUCAGACACGCCUUUGCAAGGGCUCUCGAACAUGCCGUUGCAAACGCUCUCGGACACGCCGUUGCAAACGCUCUCGGACACGCCCGUCAAGGGCAAACCACGGUGCAAUGGCGAAAGUGUUAAGCGAGUGUCGUCAGACGAUGGUCCAACACAAAAAGGAUUUUUCUGGUCGAACAUGGCUCGUCGCUUCCGUUGGGCGUUGCGGUCAACUAAACCCAAAGUCCGCGAGAACGGCUACUGUCCAUCGCCGUCUGCAGCAGCAAACUUGGACUACGUCAUGGUCAAUCCUUACGGCAACAUCAAACCUAGGCGGCCAAUCUGCAACAACGACACGUUGACAACGCCCGUCCAUGCCAGGCCAUCGCUAGAGGCAAUCCGAAAAGCCCACGAAGAAGCGAGCAAGGCAUUUAAUAAAUUUAUGACAGAUUAA